CCAGAAUCAUCUUGGAACCAUGCAGGCUGCUUUAGUGCUUGCAGUUGUCUUGAGUGCACUGCUCGGUGCCCUCACUCAGAAACCACACCACUGCAAGUCACCACCAUACCUCCAGGGGAAGAUAGCUGUAUACUUUCCUGAGGGGAGGACAGAGGUGUAUGAGCAGUUCUACUAUGAUGCUUUGGAAGAGAGGAUUCGUGUUGUUGCAGCUGGGAAGGAAGGCAAACAUGACUUGCACAUGGAUCGACUUAUGCUUUACAGAGAAAAAGUUUACUAUGACAUCAUUUACCACAACAAAAGCUGUACUAAGGUGUCUCUCGAUGCUGCCUUCAUUCCCAUUGCGAUUCCCCUUGAUGCCAAGCACAGGGCCCAGAUUGUCCUGGGAAGCCUGUCUGCUCCCGCACAGGGCCUGCUGGUCAACAACUGGGUGGGAUCAGAUGCUGAAAUAAAAGCAAACUACUCCCUGACCUUUACAGAGUUCGGCUGCAUUCCCGUCGUCACCAUGUACCACAUCAAUGACAUGGGUCAUUUUGUGUCAAGCUUCUUCGAUACGGUCGUUGGCAUCGAGGAUCCCACAGUCUUCAUUCCUCCAGCAUUCUGUUCAUCUGAAAACCUGGUGGAGCGGAAAGAUGGCAAAGCAGAAAACUUCUUUACUGCUCUUCUGUAAGCAAUUUGGCAAAUCAUACUCGUAUGUGUGAUUUCAUUCACUUCCUUGACUAAGUGAAUCUGCUGUCAUUUUAAUUCUUAUUCAAAUAAAAUGA